AUGAUUCGCUCCACACAAAUAGCGAGGCUAGAUGGUAUGCCCACCGGCUCGCCCUCCCUCUUGAACCGCCAAUAUGCUGACCUCUCUCUCUCUCUCCUCUCCGCAGGCCUCAUGCUCUGCGCUUCAGUAGACGACUCCGAGACUGAGCGCGCGCUUAGUGAAGUCAAGGGUCAAGUGAAGCUCGUCCUGCGAUGCUUAUCACGAAACUCCGAGCCCCAAGCAUCCAUCGAAUCGGGCGCGUACACGAUCCACUACCUGAUUGCGGGCGAGGUGGUGUACGUGGCGAUCACGGACCGCUCGUUCCCGCGCAAACUGGCCUUUACCUACCUGUCCGAUGUGUCGACCGAGUUCGCCAACACCUACCCGCCGCAGCAGCUCCUGUCGCCGGUGCUGCGCCCGUACGCGUUCAUGGAGUUUGAUACGUUCUUGUCGCGCACCAAGGCGACAUACAGCGAUGCGCGCGCCGCUCAGAGCUUGGAUAAGUUGAAUGACGAGCUGCGGGAUGUGACGAAGAUUAUGACCAAGAAUAUUGAGGAUCUGCUCUACCGCGGUGACAGCUUAGAGAGGAUGGGCGAGCUGAGCAGUAGGCUGCGCGACGACAGCAAGAAGUACCGUAAGGCCGCCGUCAAGAUCAACUGGGAUCUGAUGAUCAAGCAGUAUGGGCCGUUUGGUGCCUUGGGGCUUAUUAUUCUUAUCUUUAUUUGGUUGCGCUUCUUUUAA